AUGCUUCCGAGAAUCUUAACAAAACGAACCAUCAAAGAUGCGCAUAACCUCAGAUUUUGCUUGAGACAACUUACAACUGCUGGCGCGAGAACUUCCAGCAUUAAAAACAAUACUAGAAAAUAUGCUGCUCCAAAUGGUGUAAAUCACUCUCCCCGUAACCGAGUUCGUGAGUUUUCUACGUCGCAUGUUGGGCUAAAAUCCACUGAGAUACCAUUUGACAAACUAAAAGAAGACCAAAAAGAAGUUAUGACCGAAGAUCGUGCCGUUGAUAAAGUUGACGUCUGUAUCGUAGGCGGUGGGCCUGCAGGGCUUGCAACUGCCAUAAAAUUGAAGCAAUUGGACGGCACGUAUGGGACCGGUGAACUUCGAGUCGUUGUACUGGAAAAAUCGCCUGACGUGGGCUCACAUAUGGUUUCUGGAGUCAUCAUGGAGCCAAGAGCGCUAAGAGAGUUGUUUCCGGAAAGCGAAUAUUACGAUGAAAAUGGAAACGGUAUUCCGCUCCCACCUGAUUUAGUUACACCUGUCACCUCUGGAGAGCUCAAGUACCUUAUUGGCGAUCUUGACAUACCGGUUCCCGAACCCCCUCAAAUGUCAAACGAGGGGAAUUACAUUGGAUCCUUGAGCCAAAUAGUGAGACAUCUUUCUGAGAAGGCUGAAGAAGUAGGAGUCGAAAUUUUCCCCGGAAUUUCGGUCUCUGAAGUCCUGUACGGUGAUGAUGGUAAAUCUGUCGUUGGUGUUGCAACAAAAGAUAUGGGAAUCACCAAACAAGGAACUCCCAAGUCCUCGUUCGAAAGGGGUAUGGAAUUUCACGCUAGACAGACUGUUUUUGCUGAAGGGUGCCACGGUUCCCUGACUAAACAGCUCAUCAAGAAAUUCAACUUGAGAAAAGACAAGUGUGCUCAAACCUACGGUCUAGGUAUAAAAGAAGUUUGGGAGGUCAAGCCAGAAAACUUUAAAAAGGGCUUUGCCACCCAUACAAUGGGAUAUCCAUUAUCUAAUGAUGUUUACGGCGGUGGAUUUAUGUACCACUUUGGAGACGGACUAGUUGCGGUAGGGUUAGUUGUUGGUCUAGACUACAGAAAUCCCUAUGUGUCGCCUUACCAAGAAUUUCAAAAAAUGAAACAUCAUCCUUACUACAAGAAUGUUCUCUCCGGUGGUAAAUGCCUAGAAUACGGAGCUCGUGCCUUGAACGAAGGUGGGCUGCAAUCCGUCCCCAAACUAAACUUCCCGGGUGGCCUUCUGGUCGGUGCUUCUGCUGGGUUCAUGAAUGUUCCAAAAAUCAAAGGAACUCAUACUGCAAUGAAAACUGGCUUACUCGCAGCAGAGUCCAUUUUUGAAUUCAUCUCAAAAUUACCUCCUCUCGAAAGUAUAGAAGAAGAGCUUGACGAAUCAUUGAUGGUGUCACCUAUCAACCUGGAGUCUUAUGACAAAAGUUUCAAAAAUUCGUGGGUCUUUGAUGAGCUUUACGCUGUUCGCAACAUAAGACCUUCUUUUAACCACCCUGUACUUGGUCGUUUGGGAGGUAUGGCAUAUUCAGGUCUAGAUUCGAUGCUGCUGAACGGACAAGUUGCAUGGACUUUCAAACACCACGAAUCGGAUGCUUCAAUCACCGAAGCUGCCGAAAAAUACGAACCUAUCGACUAUCCAAAACCAGACGGAGAGAUUUCUUUUGACAUCUUGACUUCUGUCUCACGUACAGGUACUUACCACGAUGAAGACGAACGCUGUCACUUGAGGGUACCCGACCAAGAUCUAACGAAGCACGCUAACCGUGCUUAUCCAAAAUGGAAAGGAAUUGAGAAUCGGUUUUGUCCCGCUGGCGUUUAUGAAUACGUUGCUGACGAAAAUUCGGAAUUAGGCGUUAAGUUUCAAAUCAACAGUCAAAACUGUAUCCAUUGUAAAACUUGCGAUAUUAAAGACCCAACGCAGGAUAUUAAUUGGGAAGUGCCCGAAGGUGGUGAUGGACCAAAGUAUACUCUCACAUAG